AUGGCGGACUCCGUAGAUCGAGUCUUUGUUCAUGCCCUAAACACCGUCAAGAAGAUACCCAAGACUGGAGCGUCGCGGCCACCCCCUUCUGAGCGCCUACGGCUGUAUGGCCUCUACAAGCAGGCCAUGGAGGGGGAUGUGGAUGGUGUCAUGGAGAUGCCCACGGCCGGGUCGGGUUUACCUCCGGACGAGCUGCAAAAGGAGCGGGAUAAGUGGGAUGCGUGGAAUUCACAAAAGGGCUUAACCCGGACCGAGUCCAAGAGGCGAUAUGUCGAAGCGCUCAUCGAGACAAUGCACAAAUACGCAAACACGUCGGAUGGGAGAGAGCUCGUUGCUGAGCUCGAGUUUGUUUGGAACCAGAUUAAAGACAACGUUCCCAGCUCCGAUUCCUCAUCAGCCAACCCAAGUGACCCCACACAUAGCUUCCAGCAGCCGAGGAACGGCAGCGAUGGACCUAUGAAGAUCCUAAGCCCCAUGAGCGAACAAGAUGUGGUCGAGCUGCGAUCCCGCCGGCAAAUCGACGAGGACGACGAAGAUGCGGUGGCGAGGGACGAGGAGGAACGUGCCGUCAGCCUUCAGAACAGCCGAUGGUCUAAGAAGAUGGAGCGAGCUAUCACUAAGCUCACGGCAGAAGUUGCCGCUCUUCGCGAACAGAUUGCCACGGGACGGGAGUGGAAGUCGAAAAAGGAAAAGAGCUUUCCUUCCUGGAUAAAGUGGUUCACUUUCGUCGUCAUGAAGCACCUGCUGAUCGACUGUGUCGUCCUGAGCAUAAUACUCCUCUGGAUGCGAAGUCGAAAGGACCGUCGGCUAGAAGAUAUCGUGAGGGCAGCGUUGCGACUGGUCAGGGAAUACGUCAGAAAGGUGCUCCCUUCCAGAUGA